AUGUCCGAGCGCAAAGUCCUCCAGAAAUACUACCCACCAACGUUUGAUCCGCGACAGAUCGAGCGCGUUCGCGGCCCCAAGAGAGUCGGGCCCAAAGUCCAGACCGUUCGCCUCAUGGCGCCCUUCAGCAUGCGCUGCACGACAUGCGGUGAAUAUAUUUACAAGGGCAGAAAGUUCAACUCUCGGAAAGAGACGCCCGAAAAUGAGAAAUAUCUCGGAAUUCAGAUCUUUCGGUUCUAUAUCCGCUGCACACGGUGCUCGGCCGAGAUCGUCUUCAAGACAGACCCCAAGAACGGCGACUACGCCUGCGAGCGCGGAGCCAAGCGCAACGUCGAACCCUGGCGCACCGGCCGCGAGGAGACGGACGAGGAGCGCCUCGAGCGCCUUGAGAAGGAGGAGGAGGAGCGCAACGCCAUGGUCGAGCUCGAGGCCAAGACCGUCGACGCCAAGCGCGAGAUGGCCGUCGCCGACGCCCUCGACGAGAUCAGAGUACGGAACGCCAGGCUCGAGCGCGCUGGCUUCGACGGGGUGGAAGUGUCGUUACCUGCGUCGGUAGAGGACGAGGAGGCGGCGAGGCAGGAGAGGGAGGACCUAGAGGCGGCCAAGUUGGCCUUUGCGGGCGCGAAGCAGGCAGAUGUCCUAGGCGACGAGAUUAUCGAGGAAGUGGUGCCGGACGCUGGAGAGAUGCUGCCUCCACCACUACCUACAUUUAGGAAGGCGGCACCCGUCAAGAAGAAGGCUGGUCCCACGAUUCCGGGGAUCAAGAAGAAGGAGGCGGACCCGCAGUCGCAGUCGCAGCCACAGUCGGCAAAAGAACCAGAGAAGAAACCAGCAGCAAGCUUGGUCAGCUAUGAUUCGGACUCAGAUUAG